UGAUUGGUCAAAAGCUUUGUGUGUUAAAGUGCAUUGGUUUAGGGAAGAUGGUCAGUCACUCUGCAGUCUAAUCAGUUGUAUUAGCAUGGAGCAUGGAGCUGCUUGCCAUGUCAAAUGUCGAUCCUACAGGUAACCCCAUGUCCAUGAGCCUUGACCAGACAAUGGAAGAAAGACUAAGAGAUGACUUGAGAUAUUACUUCAUGAGUCCCUGUGAGAAAUACAGAGCACGGCGACAACUACCAUGGAAGCUGACAGUACAGAUUUUAAAAAUAGUCAUGAUUACAACUCAGCUCAUCCUCUUUGGGCUUAACAACCAGCUCGUAGUGGCCUACAAAGAAGAGAACUUAAUGGCCUUCAAGAAUUUGUUCCUGAAGAGUUACAGUGGUGUGGAUGAGGAUGACUAUAGUCUAGCUGUCUAUACUAAACAGAGUGUCUUCGAUCAUCUAUACUUCAUCAUAGAUCAGUACUCUCAGUUAGACGAGCUGACUGUGGGCUCUGUCAGCUAUGCCGAGGAGGAUGGAAAGAUCUGUCCUUUGGUCAUCUGUAAAGAGUACUACAAAAGGGGCAGCGGGAAGCAUUCGGAAAAAGCCUAUGAUAUAAAUGCCCAAACGGAGUCAGUUUGCCUAACUUUGGAUACAAAAUCUGCUGAAACAUGGAGAAUAACCAAUGCCUCUUUUUUUGAAAUUGACUUUUACAGACUUGUCAAUAUAGAAAUCUCAUUCCGGGUUAAAGGAAUCAACCUACAAACCGUCCUUUCACAUGAGUUGCCUGAUUGUUACACUUUUGCUGUUUUGAUUACAUUUGACAAUCAGUGCCAUAGUGGAAAAGUGAAAAUGACCCUUGAUAUUGAUGCUGUAAGCAGUGCAUGCAAAAACUGGAAUAUUUCAGGACAUGCACAGAAGAACACUCACUAUCUUGUAAUCUUUGAUGCUGUUGUUAUCCUUGUGUGUCUGAUCUCUUCUGUGCUUUGCAUUCGCUCUAUUUUUCUUGCAAUUAGGUUACUUCAGAGAUUUUCCAAGUUCUGUUUCUGGAAGUAUAACCAUAAAGUAUGUGAGGAGGACCAACGAGAAUUUUUAAAUGGCUGGUACAUCUUGGUAAUAAUCAGUGAUGUCAUGGCAAUCGUAGGGUCCAUACUGAAGAUGGAAAUUCAGGCAAAGAGCCUAACCAGCUAUGAUGUGUGUAGCAUCUUUUUAGGAACAUCAACACUCAUGGUCUGGGUUGGUGUCAUUAGAUAUUUAGGUUAUUUCCAGAAGUAUAAUGUUCUUAUCCUUACUAUGCAGGCAGCUCUACCCAACGUUCUCCGCUUCUGCUGCUGUGCAGGGAUGAUUUAUCUGGGCUACACUUUCUGUGGGUGGAUCGUUUUAGGGCCCUACCAUGAAAAGUUUGAGGAUCUGAGCCGUGUGGCCGAAUGCCUCUUCUCCCUGGUCAACGGGGACGACAUGUUCCCGACAUUCGCCGAGUUCCAGCAGAAGAACACUGUGGUGUGGCUUUUCAGCAGGGUCUACCUUUACUCUUUCAUUUCUCUCUUCAUCUACAUGGUGCUCAGCCUUUUCAUAGCUCUCAUCACGGACGCUUACGAGAGCAUUAAGCGCUACCAGAAAAACGGGUUUCCCAUGACAGAGCUGCAGCUGUUUCUGAGUGUGAAGAAGGAGUUCCCAGAGGGGGAGGAUGUAGAGAAUGGAGAGAAAAGCAGCUCCAAUAGCUUCUCCUCCUACACUAUGCUGUGUGGCUGCAGAAGAGUUUCCACAGAUGAUUAUUCAGUUCUCAUCAGUUGAUCUCAUGAUAAAGAACGGCAGAGAUGGGGGCCCCGAAUCAUAUGACUUGAGCCAGACUUAAGUCGCAUAUUUGAGACUUGCUUGACAAAUAUUAAAAAAAGACUCGACUUGACUUUGACUUGACAUUCAUGACUUGAGACUUACUUGUGACUUGCACAUGUGACUUUCUCCCACCUCUGAAGAACGGUUCCCUGAACUGAGGCAAGGCUGUCUUCAGUGGAAUAUCGGUGAUUGUGGACUUUUAAAAUGCCUCCAUUAUAAUGUGUUGACUGUAUAUCAUCUACCCUAUCGUUUACAUGGGUAUUAGGAACGGGAACAUAACCCGCAUUAACCAAAGGAAGACGGACUGGAAUAUAAUUAAGGCUGAAGAGUAAAAAGAUUUGCUGGGAAAUUAAUCUUAAUGGGCAAGCACAAUGUUAUCUCUGCCAUACUGUAUGUUACAAAUACAGGAAAAGAGGAAAACUAUUUUACAUUUACUCGUUAACAGAAGUAAGAAGUUCUGAUCAAUUUCAAGGAAAUGGCUUCAAUGCAUGUUAUGCUUCAUUAACUAUUAAUACAGCUUUUAGUUAUUGUUAAAAAGAUUUAGCAAUUCAGCAAACUCUAAGAGAAAUAAGACUCUGGAUUUCUAAUAGAAAAUCACCACCUGUCGCUUUUAUUUAUUUGUUUAUGUAGAUGGAAACAUCACUUCUUGCGUCUACUCUCACUUCUUGUUCUUACUUAACUCACUCAAUAAAAAGAAAGGUGAGAAAUCAAA